AUGGAGUCCAUGGAGUACGAGAUGGCACGCAACAUGACGCUGCUCUUCUUCUUGGAGCGGCUGCUGGAUAAGGGCGAACCCAGGACCGUCCACGAUCUCUCCUGCCAGUUUGGCAACAAGGAGUUCACCAAGGAGAUGCGACAAAUCGCCGGGGGCAGUCAGUCGGGUCUGAAGAAAUUUCUUGCCCAGUACCCGGCAAUAUUUCUGGUCGAUGGUGAUUAUGUCCAGGUGAACGCCUAUCAGCACCACAAUGCGGACGACGGCGGUUGCGGGGGCAAGCGGGAUUACAUCCAAGAGGCUAAAGACUACUUCAAGAACAAGAUGCUGCAGUACGGGGCGGCCGCCGAGGUCCCCGUUCGCAGUCUCCUGGGCCACAGGUCGCAGGCGUCGCCCCAAGUGCGUCACAUAUCGGGUCAACACAUCAAGGAGUUCACCGACUUUCUGAUGAAGCACACGGACACCUUCAAGGUUACGGACGACUAUGUGAUGCUGGUGGGCUGCGAGAACAUGACGGAUCUGCCGGCGCGGGAUCGCCUCCACCUGCCGCAGUCGAACAUCGAUACUCGUGGAACGCAACAGAUGCUCGACUUCUUUGCCCAGUGCAUCGAGGUCAAGGGGCCGCUGCUGGUGGAUCAACUGUUCCACCUGCUGACCACCAAUUUUCCGCAGGAUCAAUGGCUGCGCAUGUUCAAGACGCCGGGGGACUUGAGCUCGUUCCUCAAGCUCUUCGCGGACUGCUUUCACAUACAGGCCAAUCUAGUCACCCUGCUGCAGAAGCCCAAGCUCAGCGAUACGCACAUCCAGCAGGCACAGGCUCAGACGCGGGAGCAAUUCAAUGCGCUGAACAAUAAUAACAGUGCCAGCAUGCGGAAGCAGGAAUCGGGAGUGGGAGUGGGAGGUGGAGCUGGCCCUGGAGGAGUCGGAGGAGGAGGAGGAACAGUCGGUGGAGGCGUCAGUUCAGUGCAGCAGAGAUUACAAUCGCCGGCUCUGCGGAGUAAUGGUCACACGAACAACAAUAAUGGGAGCAAUGGCAGCAAUAAUAAUAACAACAGCAUAGCGUGCCCCAACUUCAAGCUGAAUGCCCCCGUUUCGAAUGUGAUGGGUCAGAGCCAGGGCUUCGGGCAGCCGAAAUCGGAGCCAAGCUCUGGCUUCGACAGCUAUGUGCCCAUGUCGGAGAUGAAACUGGAGAAUCUGUGCGAGAACAACUAUCCCAGUGCGAACACCUGCUAUGGGCCCAUUAAUAAUUCUGCCCAACAGCAACUCCAGGCUCAGCAGCAGCAAACACAGCAGACGACACAGAAUCCGGCAGAGCGGAUGAAUAGUGUUAACCAAACCCUCAAGCAACGCAUCAACACUUUAGUUAUACGGACUCUGGCCGAAAAUCUGGAGAAGGACAAGCAAUCGCUGGCCAACCAGCAGGUCGGUUCGACUUCCCCGCACGCCAGUCCCGUGCAUUCCAUUGCCAAUUCGGGCUCCAACCAAAAUGCCAGUAGUGCUGCGAAUAACGCCAAUAGCAACCCGAAUUCGAAUCCAAACAAUGCCAACCACUCACCUAGUCAUAGUUACUUUGUCGGCGACACCUGGAAGAUAAAGGUGCUGCAGAACACCACCGUGAUAGCGAAUGUCAAGCAAUCGGUGUUUGUGACCGACAUUAUACUCAAGUAUGCAGCCAAGAAUGAGAAUAUAGUGGUCUCCCUGGACUGCGAGGGUAUUAAUCUAGGCCUUAAGGGGGAGAUUACCUUGAUUGAGAUUGGAACGACCCGUGGCGAAGCCUUUUUGUUCGAUGUGCAAUCCUGUCCGGCGAUGGUCACCGAUGGCGGACUUAAGACCGUGCUGGAGCACGACCAGGUGAUCAAGGUGAUACACGACUGCCGCAACGAUGCUGCCAACUUGUAUCUGCAGUUUGGAAUUUUGCUGCGCAAUGUGUUCGACACGCAGGCCGCACAUGCCAUCUUGCAGUAUCAGGAGAGCGGAAAGCAGGUCUACAAGGCCAAGUACAUAUCGCUGAACUCGCUGUGCGAGCAGUACAAUGCGCCUUGCAAUCCCAUCAAGGAUCAGCUCAAACAGAUCUACCGAAGGGACCAGAAGUUCUGGGCCAAGCGACCCCUCACGCGGGAAAUGAUGCUGUAUGCAGCGGGAGAUGUCCUGGUGCUGAUCCACGAUCAGUUAUUUGGGAAUCUGGCGCGGCAAAUAAAGUCAGAGAAUCGGGCACUAUUUUCCGAGCUGUGCACCGAGCAAAUACUCAUGCAGAUCAAGCCCAACGAGGUGAAGAUACGCAAAAAGCAGCGCAAAGUCAGCACCGAGGUGUCCGAUCUUAAGCAGAAGCUGGCCCAGACCAGCAAAAGCAUUGUGCUCUCCAAUCGCGAGAUACGCCUGCUGCGAUACAUGGACCUCACGGAGGAUGAGAAGGAGCGUCUGAAGGGCUACUACAAGGUGGCCAAGAAGCUGGAGAAAAUGGAGUCCGCCGGCAAUCCCAACAAGGACCAAAGUGAUUCGGAGGAUGAACCAGAGCCAAAUGAGAACGACACAUUUCCCAGCUUGGAUUCGGUGCCCUCAGACAACUCGCUAUCGGGUACUUUUUCGCCACGCUUCAGUUCAGAGCCACCCAGUCUGACUGAAUCCAUGCAAAUGCUGGAAGAGAUUCUGCAAAACAAGUCCAUGGAUCGCAUAGCACGUAUUGAUAAGCUGGAGGCCAUUCUGACGACUGCCACUUCGCUGCCAUGUGAACAAAUUAUAGCUUCAAAUUCGAUGCAAGAGCAAUUGGGAUCGAGCAUUGCGACCACCGAGAAUCUGCAAAUUAUUCGCGAAAAGUCCAGAAACAUAAAGAACUGCAAUUGCCAGGGCGAGCGCAGUGUGACGCCCAUUCUGCGAACGACUGACAAACGAGUGGUGAAGCUUGUGGAUGCCGAGUCACAGACACUGAGCACUGGCGACGUGGUCAUCACCAAGAUCUUCUUCCAGGACGAGCACGAACGGGCCAAGGAGGCGGCCCUGCUGAGCAACUCGCCCACGAAGCGGGUGUCUCCCACAUAAACAUUUCAACCUUCGAACAAUGAUUCCUAACAAGCGAUGCGCAGACAUAUUACGUAUUAUUAUUUUGUUUUUUAAUAGUUGACCUGCUCGACCCCGGGCCUCUCAACGCUUUAACGACUAUGCAAUAACUUUCAUAUCCAAUUGAGAAGCAAUAUAUUUUGUGCCUAGAUGUUGAACAUUGCAAUAACAAUUAUAUAUGAUUUACCAAUUGUUAACUACUCGCCUCCGGCUCGGAUCCUUUUAUAUAUCACAAUCGACGAACCUUGGCGAAGCAAUCUUACCGAAUCCCUCUUCUCAGGAAAUCUGUUUUUGCCACUGAGAAUAUUUGCGGACUUCGAUGAGGUUAACGAAUCACGAGCUGCGCCAAACAAUCAUUAGUAGUGUAUCUGUUAACUCACUUGUAGACCACUCCGCUAUUAAUUGUAAUAACGGAAUUUAUAUUAAUCUGCCUUGGACCAAUGUGUAUUAAAUCCAAAUGAAAUUAUAAAAUGCAAUUCAGUUUUCUAGAGGUUUCCUAAUAUCUUUGUCGCCAUAUCAGAAGUGAACUUAUUGUAUUUUAACCAUAAUACUUUGUAAACCGAAUCGUUUAUUCAACUCAAUUUAAGUUUAACCAAACCAACUUCUUAAAUAAUAACUUAAAAUUGUGUAGUCAAUCUAAGUAAAUGAGAAUUAAUUGUAAUGGAAAGAAUACUGAAAUGGUACGAUUAUAAAUUAUAUAACUAAUUGAAUAAAAAGUGUAUAUACCAAUAUAAAAAAGCGAA